UUUUUAUACACUGAUUGCUUUUAUACCCAUAAAGGAUGUAAAAGCAAUCAUUUCUAUUUCUCUCUGGCUGCAUUCUUGCAGCCAUUGAGAGAUACUGUAAGAGCUGUGAUUGGUCACAGCUUGUCACAUGGUACUAGGCUGUUGUGAAUAGCCUUGUACCAUGUGACCUCUGUGAUCAUUCACAGGUUUCACAAGUAGUAAGCAACGAUGUCAGGAAGUGACAUCUUGUUUACUACUGCUCAUGUGAUCACUGAUUGGCCAAUCAGUGAUCACAUGAAUCGGGACCUCACACAGAGGUCCCGUACAGCGAUCCCAGGGAGCACGCACAGGCAGUAAAUGCGGGCGACCUUUA